UCCGGAAUGAAAUGCCCGGAUGAAUGCAGACGAAACAGGUGCUCGAAAAAUGAUGUUGCAAAGUUAAACGUGUUUUUAAACAAGACAGUAUUGCGUUGCCAUGAUUUCUGAAAUAUGUGUACUUUCUCCAAUUUAUGAACCACUUUUAAAGAAGACAUAUCGAAAGGAUCACCUAAAAAGCAACACAACUGGUGUCUUUGUGAAGAAACUUAACCAGGAUGGCAGGAAUCUACAGCCUCACUUUAAGGAUGACAAUGUAUCUUACUUCUACAUUGAGAGAAAUAACCUAAUUUUCUUUGCAACAUCAACAUCUGAACUAUCACCAGUAGCAGUGAUAGAAAUACUCAGCAGAUUAUACCAUGUUUGUAAGGACUUCUGUGGAACAGUGUCUGAAAAUGCUAUCAAAAGUAACCUCCUUUUGUUAUAUGAAGUACUGGAUGAAAUGCUGGACUAUGGUUAUAUCCAGCUUGCAAGUACUGACAAGUUGAAACCUUACAUCACUAGUGAGCCAGUUGUCAUAGAAACAAGCCGAUCAACACAAGAAGAUGUGGCAGCUAGACUACUUGGAAUCGACAGCAGGGUCGUGCCCUUCAGUGCAGCGAACAAGCCUGUCAUCCGAUCACAAGCAGAUAUGGAGAACAGGAGGAAUGAGGUGUUUGUUGAUGUUGUUGAAAGGCUGACAGCUGUUCUCGACUCCAAUGGAGGUGUAAGUCGGAUGGAGAUUAACGGUUCUGUCAACAUGAAGAACUUCUUGAUUGGCAGUCCCCUGAUAAAAAUAGCAUUAAAUGAGGAUAUGGUUGUCCACCAGGAGGGCCAGCUGAAAGGUCUUGGACAAAAUGUCCAGCUUGACAGGUGUAAUUUUCACCAAUGUGUCAAACUUGACGAGUUUGACAGUGACAGGAUCCUGAAAGUGCACCCACAAACAGGAGAAUUCUCUAUCAUGACAUACAGUGCUCAUGGAGAGUUCCCUAUAACACUCCCUCUCAGAGUGAUGAUAUUCCUGUCAGAAAUUAAAGGUAGCAGAGAUGUUGACAUGACUGUGAGACUCAAGUGUGAAAUUCCUGCCAGCUGCCAUUUUGUCUACAUAGCAGUGAAAAUAAACAUUCCAAAAUCAGUCACAAGCAUGUCCCAGGGCCUCAGUGGACCCAGUCAGAUUGCCGAGUUGAAGAGAGAGGAGGGGGUAAUAGUGUGGAAGAUGAAGAAGUUACCUGGAAACACAGAAGCAAUUGGAAAAUUCAGGUUGAUCAGCCAAGGUGGUGACAAAAUAAACAAGAAGGAGAUUGGCCCCCUCAUUGUGGACUACGAGGUGUCAGGAUACACCUGCACUGGCUUACAGAUCCGCUAUAUGAGGGUGUAUGACCAGGAACAUUCCUAUGUGCCAUUCCGCUGGAUACGUUACAUCACUGUCACAGAAUCCUACAUUGUUAAACUGUCAUGAAGUACCAACACCCACCUGUUCAUGAUUCUCAGAUGUGGACUGAUCAGAGUUUGACAAUAAUUGUUGACAGCUUCAGAGCUAAUUUCAACGUUUGAAACCUCACACAAUGCUGGCUUAAAAGUUUGCACUCUUGAAUUUACAUAUAGCAUGGUUCUGAAUUAUAUCUCUUCAAUAGAUAUAACUGCAGUACAUGCUAAACCAAAGAAUUCUUAUUAUUUUGAUUCUGGAGCAGGUGUGUUAUGCUAUGUGUUAUGUGUGUAGGUAUCAUUCUACAAGAGAAUGGGGACGGUCAGUUAGGCUAGUGGUUAAAGCGUUCGCUUGUCACGCUGAAGACCCGGGUUUCGAUUCCCUACAUGGGUACAAUGUGUGAAGCCCAUUUCUGGUGUCCCCUGCCGUGAUAUUGCAAGAAUAUUGCUAAAAGCGGCAUAAAACCAUACUCACACACAAGAGAAUGGAAAAGUAAUUUCCCACUAUCACACAUAAACACAAGGACUUCAUGGACAAAAGAAAACAAUCACUGGCUGGUACACAUUUUUAUUGUGUAAUGUACCAUUUUAAAUUCUAUGGCCAUUGAAUUUAAUUACAGAUAGCAAGAGUACCAGUACCAUAUGUGAGGAUAAUGUGUUUUGAGGAUACUACCAUUUUCUCCAUGUACUUUUAGCACUAUUCCUUUCAAAUGCAUUUAAUAUCAUCAUCCCUUUCUGCUGAGAUUGUUUUGCAAUUAUAAGUGGUGAAUUUUAGCAGAAAUUGUGUAUUUUGUGUCAUUAUAAUAUCUUAUUGUUGUUGGAA